AUGGACGCAGAUGAAUGUGUAUGGAUGUAUAUUGCUUGGGUAGGAAGGUGGGCUGUACAGCUUGCUUCAGAGGGUUUGAGGAUAUCUGAGGAGACAUCAGAUACAAAAAGAGAUACAAUGAAUUCUACUUUUGAGAAUAGUUCAUCCACCUGUCACAUAGAAACUAUCAUUCUUGAUGAUAAAGAUGAGAAAUCAGAAGACAAGCCACAACUGGAUCUUAUUUAUGCAAUUAAUGACAGACCACCUUGGUAUUUAUGCCUGCUUCUUGGAUUUCAGCACUAUAUCCUAGCAUUUGGUGGUAUUAUAGCCAUUCCACUAAUUCUUGCAGAUGCAAUGUGCAUUGAAGACAACAAUGUCAAGAGUCGACUUAUCAGCACUAUAUUUUUUGUUUCGGGUUUAUGUACAUUGCUACAGACAACGUUUGGAUCCAGAUUACCUAUUCUGCAAGGGGGUACAUUUAGCUUCCUCACUCCUACUUUGGCAAUUCUAGCUUUACCAGAAUGGGCAUGCCCACACCAAAAAAGCCAGCUGCUUUUGAACUCAACUACCAGUAGAGAUGAUGAAGCAUGGAAAUCCCAUAUGUGUGAGAUACAGGGUGCUAUUAUUGUAGCAUCUUUGCUUCAGAUUUUGCUUGGAUUCACAGGCCUUAUUGGAUUCAUCCUCAGAUUUAUUGGUCCACUUGCAAUUGCUCCUACCAUCACCCUUGUUGGACUUUCUUUAUUUAUUGAGGCUGGGAAAAAAUCUGGCUCUCACUGGGCAAUUGCUGCUUUAACAAUGGGACUGAUCAUUCUUUUCUCUCAGUACUUAAGCAAUGUGAACGUACCUUUAAUUAUCUACAGUAAGAAGAAAUGGAAAAUUAUACGGUAUCCAGUUUUCAAACUUUUUUCCGUGUUGCUGGGAAUGUGUCUGUCUUGGCUCUUAUGUUUCUUGCUUACAGUCUACAAUGUGCUGCCAACUAACAGUAACGAUUAUGGCUAUUAUGCAAGAACUGAUAUCAGGAUUGAUGCUGUUAAAAGUGCCCCUUGGAUUCAUUUUCCCUACCCAUGUCAGUGGGGUCUUCCAACAGUGAGCUUAUCUUCUGUGCUUGGCAUGAUGUCUGGAGUUCUAGCCUCAACUCUAGAAUCAGUUGGCGAUUAUUAUGCAUGUGCCCGACUUUCGGGAGCCCCAGUACCACCAUUUCACGCCAUAAAUCGUGCAGUAGGAAUCGAAGGCAUUGGAUGUGUGGUGGCAGGCAUCUUUGGAACAGGGAAUGGAACCACAUCCUACAGUCAAAAUAUUGCAGCGCUAGGAAUUACAAAGGUUGGAAGUCGACUUGUUCUUCAGUCAGCUGGAAUUUUAAUGUUGUGCAUUGGCCUGUUUGGAAAACUAGGGGCAGUUUUCAUCACUAUUCCCAACCCUGUCAUUGGAGGAAUGUUAAUGGUUAUGUUUGGAAUGAUUUCUGCUGUGGGGAUCUCUAACCUACAGUUUGUGGAUUUAAAUUCUUCCAGAAAUUUGCUUAUUUUGGGCUUCUCAAUAUUUAGUGGCCUGGUCAUACCAACAUGGUUUCACUCCAACAAAGAAAUAGUCAACACAGGAAUUAGAGAACUAGAUCAAGUUAUUAUUGUUCUUUUAACCACUAAUAUGUUUGUUGGAGGAUUCCUCGGAUUUUUUCUGGAUAACACAAUACCAGGAACAGAAAAAGAAAGGGGCAUCAAAGAGUGGCGCAAAACCGGACAAGACACACAGGGAAACAAAGAUGAUGUCUUCUAUGAGCUACCAUACAUGAGCAAACACCUUCACAACUGCAGAUGUGCACGAUAUGUCCCAUUCUUGCCAACUUACAAGACAAUUUAA